GCAUGCGCAGCCGCAUCCUCCGUUCUCCCCUGCUGGAGCGCUGACAGCAGGCUGCCUGGUGACCGCUGCUGCUUCCUUUCACUCCACGUUGUGUUUCUAUCCGGAUACAAACCGACACCGAAACCGGGACUUAAUAUCUGUCACAGGACCCUUCAAAGAACUACAACAACAAAGAGUUUACGGAGGCAGGAGCCCUCUCCUCUCCCGGUGCUCCUCCCGGUGCUGAAGUGAGACUCGACAGCAGAGAGACGUCAGACUGCAUGAAGAGGGCGAGUGACGGGACCCUGGUCCUCACCUAGACUCCCCCCCCCCCCCCCCCCCCCCCCUCCUCCUGCCUGGACAUGAGGUCGUUCCGAUCGUUCGCUAACGACGACCGCCACGUCAUGGCCAAACACUCCAGCAUCUACCCGAGCCCGGAGGAGCUGGAGGCUGUGCAGACGCUGGUGUCCACCGUGGAGGGAGCGCUCAAGAAGGUCUCUGAUUGGCUGGACGGACUCAACAACAAACCCUCAGGGAAGGUUUCCACCAAUCAGGAGGCGGGAGAGAAGAUGGUGGAGAGAGACGCCGUGGAGACAAAACCCGACGGCACGCCGCUGCUCUGCGGGGUCACUCGAGUCGGUCUGGUGUCCAAAGGUCUGCUGAUCAGAGGAGACCUGGACCUGGAGCUGGUCCUGAUGUGCCGAGAGAAACCCACAAAACUGCUGCUGUACACCAUCAGCGCCAACCUGCCGCUGCAGAUCCAGACGAUGACGGAGGAUAAAUACGAGGUGCAGUCGAGCGCGCCCGAGGCCGCCAUCCAUGUCUGCAGCGCCCGAGACCCCCGACUCAUUCUGAAGAUCACGCUCUCCUCUUUGGCCAUGCGGGAGGAGCACAGCAGCCCCUCAGAGGAAGAAGACGACAGUAAAGAGAAGAAGAAAAAGAAGGAGGAAGAGGAGGAUGAUGAAGAGGACGUCCUGGACCGGCAGAAGUGUCGGGCUGCGCUGGCGUUGCUCCGACACGCUAAAUGGUUCCAGGCCAGAGUCACAGAUCUCAAAUCCUGCGUCAUCGUCCUGAGGAUUCUCAGAGAGAUGUGCAACAGACAGGCGGGGUGGAGGCCGCUCAAAGGAUGGCCUCUGGAGCUGAUCUGUGAAAAAGCCAUCGCCACCUGUAACCGGCCGUUGGGUCCAGGUGAGGCCCUGCGGCGAGUCAUGGAGUGCAUCGCCUCAGGGAUUCUGCUGCCAGGAGGUCCAGGAGUUCACGACCCGUGUGAGAGGGAGCCCACAGACGUCCUGAGCCACCUUAGCGCCCAGCAGGCCGACGCCAUCACAGAGAGCGCCCAGGUCAGCCCCCCCCUUCACCCAGCACGGCCUCAAACUACAUCCACAUGUCGCGAUCAAGGCAGCAGUGUUCUCUGUGUUCAGGUGGAGGUGGACAAGCAGGUAUUUCGGGGGACGGGUCCCAAUAAGAAAGUAGCAAAAGCCAGCGCAGCGCUCGCCGCCCUGAACAGCCUCUUCUCCGGAUCCAAAUCAACAAACAACAACAACAACAAGAAGAAACGACCGAAUCCUCCACCAAAGCGACCCGUGACCUCGAUGCUGACCCUCCCUGCUCUCGCUGCCAGACCUCCUGGAGUCCCCGUCAUCCCCAGAGCUCCGUACAUCAGCACCCCCCCCCCACAUGGAUACAUCCCCCCAGGGUUUGGAGCUCCUUAUGGUUAUGGCCCUGCAGGCGCCCUCCCUCCCUACGGCGGUCUGUACAUCGACAGUGCCUUUUACCAGCCGCAGACCAUCGCCACACCUAUCAUCAUCCACCUGGGCCCUCAGGAUCUUUUCUGACCCCGCCCACAUGCCGAGAGCGGACUCUACAACAUCCCGGACUUCCUGUUCAACCCCUCACCCUUAUUAAACUCUGUCAGCGCCUCUCUGUUACCGCAGCGCUGCACCUGCAGCCGCCUCCUUCCACACAGGACAAAGCAGCAAUAUUGAAAGCAAUAUGGAGGAGAAAAACACCUCGGGCAACUUCACAUCAAGUCCAGGUCUGGUUUUUAAAAAAGAGAGGAGGACUCAGCCGAGACUUCAUGUCAAUAAAACACAAAGCAAUACUUCUCCUGCCUUCGGUGAUCUCAACGUGUUGAUUAAAAACAUGUCAAUAUCAGCUGCACAUCCACAGCAAUGUGAACCGCUGUGUGUAAAUAUGAUAUUUAAUAACUGUAUAUGGAUGUAUGUGAGUUUUAAAUAUAUAUAAAUAUAUAAACAUGUUAAUAUGUUUGAAUAUGUAAAACCCAGCAACAGGAAAUAACCCGAGUUUAUAAUCUAUAUCUGAAUGUAAAUACAGUCAGGAAUGAAUCUUUGUAUUUAAAAAGAGCUCGCUACGGAGUCACAGGAGGGCCAAAUUAAGAAUAGGUGUCAAAAACAGGGAAAUAAAUGAUUGCCUGUGUUCACUCACGAUGCUUCAUACACUUGAAGCGCUUAAAGCCAAUGCACUUGAUUUUUAAACUGAACACCCGCAGUGUCAGCUGUUUUUCUGUCGCCAACCACAGACUGUAAAUCUGAAUGUUUGAGGCCUCAGUCUAACUUUCAGUCAACCUAAUGACAGACUGAGAGCUGGAACCGUUACACCGCGCCCACCUGUCAAUCAUGUCAGCUACACGCCUAACUAUGGAUAAUACGUAUCAUUCAUAAAUCAAAACGGAGCCGUUUAAAAAAUGUUUAAUUAUUUAUUUUCAGAUUUUUAACCUUUUAUUCAUCCAAAUGUUUACAUGUCUUUAAAUGUAUUUAUUCUUUAUUUUUAUAUUUGAUGGCCCUCCUUUGACUCCGCAGCUCUCAGAUAUAAUAUCUAUAAACAUUUAAAGUUUUACAAUCUGUCUAUAACACUGUACUGAUAUGUCGACGGUAUUUAAUCCCUAUUUAAACGUGAUCUCAAAUUUAUGACCCAGAAGUCUUUUUAACUCUUGAAUAUCAGAAAUGAACCAACCAUUGAACCCUUAAUUAGUCAUCUCACGUGAAGCCUCCUGCUGUCGCAUGUCUAUUAGGUUUAAAGGAAUGGUUCCCAACCUGGGGGCAGUGACCCCACGACAGGUCGCAGGAGUAAUCGUUAGAGGUCUGAAGAGAAGACCACACAUAUUCUUUCAAACAGUAUAAUUUCUAAACACGAUUAAUCGCUAAUUUUAAUAGUUAAUUAAGAUUAAUCACAUGUUGGAAAUUCCAUUAUUUUACAUUAAAAAUUUUAAAAAUUUUGGGCUUUUAUUUUGUACUGUCUUAAAGUCAGGGUUGGUCAUUUCCUCCAGAUCCACUUUUUAAGAUUUUGGUGUAAAUUGUCUUUAGGUCCUGACAGAAAUUAAUAACUCAUGUUCUCUGAAAAAGGAACAAAGAAAAAUCUGUCAUCUGUUUCAGUUUGUAAAUCUGUGAAAACUUCAACCAAUGUCUGCCACGAGGUACCAAUCUGAUGAACCAAUCAGACGCCUCCCUGUCUCCCUGCACGCUCUCUACCUCUUAGCGUGCUCUAGCUCACACUCAAAGCUCGUCACCGAUGACUUUAGGAGUUUAUUCUGUGAGUUUACUGACCGCUGAAUGAGACAUGAGACGACGUAGUUUCUACACAAUGACAGAGAUGAACUGAGGUCCGCUUCUGGAGAGACGGCGCUCGAGCAUGUAAGUGAGGGGGCGUGGCUUUAGAGGGAGCAUAGAGGGGAGAGGGGGUGCAGACGGAGCACUGAGGGAAUGCUACUUUCAAAAUCAUGCUAGUUUUGGAAAAUUACCAACCCUGCCUUUACUGUGAGAGUACAGAUCUGAGUACACAGACUAUACUGUACCAUACUCUGGUACCGUGCCCGAGUCGGCUUGAAAAGGUGGUCUUGGGCACGGUUCAUGUGUUCUCGAGUACGGCUUUAUCCAAACAGGACAACAGUUGGAGAAGAGUUUUCAGAGUUUCAUGUUUUUUAAUUAUUCAUAUUUUUAACAAAUUCAGAAAUGUUUCUCAUCUUUUUUUGCACAUGUAAUUUAAUAUUGCGACGUGAAAACAUUUUGCAGACAAGUAAAUAUGAAAGAGAAACAGGUGAAGUGUUGAUUAAAGUCUGUUUCUGGUCACUCAAAUUUAAAACCUGACAAAUGAAGACCAAUCAUAGCACACAUGUCUUAAGCAAUAUUCAACUCAGGAACCUUCAAACUGUAGAAAUGCAAAUAAAUCUGAUCACAUGACGCGAAUAAAUGAAUGAAGAUGUAAAGAAAGUUUCUGUAUAUGUCGACGACUUCCUGCUUUGACAGAAUGUAAACGCCCCUGUGCAUAUUUUAAAUUACCUGAUGUACCCUUCUGUACUGUUUCAGUGUUGACGAAUGUCUAAGGGUGGUUUCACAUCAGGGUCCCGAUCUGAGUACGCUUGACCCCAAAGUCCAGUUCAUUUGAUCAGUGUGAACACAACAAACCGUACCCGGGUACCGUGCCAAGUCUGCUUGGAGAGGUGGUCUCAGGCCAAUUCAUGAGUACUCGAGUACGGUCAACAGGAGUUUCAUCCUCUGAGCUGCAUGGUAGAUGUUGGUUGGGUCAUUAUAAUCGCAUAAACAUCCACAGUUAGCAGGACGGACUCAGUCUGUGAGUGGUUGCCAUGGUUACUUCUUCUUCUUUCUUCUUUUUGGUAGACUUGCAAAACCAACUAUGUUCAUACGGCCACCUACUAUGUCGGACUGUGUACAUACCCAAGUGUACUCGGAUACAGGACGAUGUUACUGAUGUGAACACAGACCAGCGGGGGGGGGGGGGGGAGGGGGGAAGAAUCAUGCUCGGGCUUGGUACCAAACAAUCGUGCCUCAUAUGAAGCCACCCUAAAAGAAUGUUGAACCAAAUGUGAGGUUUUUCUGCACAGACAGAAGUCACAUCACAUUUUACUAUCUGCUCUGUUUUUGUUUUAUUUUCAUGUAUAACAGUUUAAUUAAAUCAAAGAUGCAUUAUAAAGUCUAAAGGUGUCAAUAAUUGGACAUGAGAGUUAUUAAAUAUGAUCUAUAUCAUCCCCACUCCUGAUUUCUCUGUAUGGAAGUUCAUUCAUGACAAAAGUGCACACUCACUACUAAAAUGUUAAAAGAAGAAUGUUCAACAUGUUCCACAUAAAUAAAUCAUAAAGUCUG